AUGCCCGCGCGUCCGUGGCGCCCGGCCGAGCACACACGGCAGCGAGCGAUUUUUCACGACCUCGGGAACGCGCCGUAUCGCCGACGGGAGUCGUUCGACGCGGAGAAGUUGGCGGAUGAGUUGGCGAAUUUGCGUCGGGCGAAUCGACAUCGGUCGGAUGACGACGGCGGCGACGACGGCGGCGGCGACGAUGGGCUCAAGCGCGAGCGCGCGUUGAUGACGAAUGAACGCGUGCGAGCGUUGGAGACGCGCGCGAGGGACGCGAGCGAGGUCGCGCGAAGGGAGACGGAAAAGCGAGAGAUGCAGGAGCGGGCGUUGGAGCGCGCGAACGCGAACGCGCGAAGAGGCGAGGUGAGCGAGCGGUUGAAGCGACACGCGGAGCGCGAGGUAUUGGAGUUGACGCGAGAGUUAGAGACGGUGCGGAUGAAGGCGGACGAGGAGCGAGACGCGUUGGAGCGGUGCGUGGAAGAGAUGAAGGCGACGCACGAGUCGAGCCUGGCGAAGGCGCAGACGGCGGAGGCACAGGCGGCGGGAGAGGCGAAGGAGUUGCUCGAGGUCAAGGCACGAUUGGAGGAGGAGCGCGAUGCGACGACGAAAAAGAACGCUGCGCUCGAGGGUGAGUUGGCGAGCGUUGGGACGUGUUUGAAAGAGACUGAGGCGUCGUUGAAAGCGGUGAGCGAGGCCAAGGCGAGCGCGGACGAUGAGCUUAGCGAAGCGCGCGAGGAGAUGGCGCGCUUGCGAGACGAAUUGGAACGAACGGCGGAGUCAAAUAGGUCAAACGAGCGGGAACUACGUGAGUCGCGACGAAAGGCUGAGGCUUUCGCCGCAGCCGUGCACAGCGCGAGAGGAAACGAUAGCGCUGCGCGAGCGAUGAUGCGUGAUAGCGUCCUCACGUUCGCUCGAUUGGAAGAUGCGGCGAACUCUCGGGAGAUACAAAUUUUGAAGGAGCAUCACGCGGCUAUAGUCGAACGCAUGCAAGAAGAAUUCGCCGUCGCUUUAGCGGAUGUCAAAGCGAACACGGGCGCUGUAGCGCACAGUACGGUGGAUGAGUCGCAGCGAGUGAAGCGCACCAUGAAGGGCAUGGAAGAGGACGCGCGUGAGGCGGUGUGCAACGCCAGACGCCGGGAAGAAGAAGCAAACGCCGUCGCCGCCAAGCUUCGCGAAGAAUUGGUGAUGACCAAAGCUAGGUUGAACUCGAUGAUAGAAGCCGGGGAAGGGAAACUGAAUCAUGCGAGCAUUCGAGACGCGCAGGCCUCGCGCUUGGCGGCUGCGCAAGCACAGGCGAUAUGUCGCGACUUGCAAGCCGAGCUCGAGGCAGAACAUGAAUCAGCCGAAGCAGCACGACACGAGGCUUCGGAAACCGCGCACAAGUACUUCGCACUUCGAGACAAGUACGAGCAACGCGAAGCGCUGGUUAAUCAUCAAAAAGAAACCAUCUCGGCGCUCAAGCGCGAUAACGAACGAAGUGGCGGAGAGAUCGACGAACUCAAGGCGCGAUGCAAAGAGCUCAAGCUGUGCUUGCGAGACAACGAGAUGACGUAUUUGAACAGGCAAGAUCUCACCGAGGAAGUCGAGCACUUGAAUAGGAUUAUCGCCGACGCAAAUGUCCGGGAUCGCGAACGAGCCAUCGAACUUCAGCGCGAACAAGAGCGUGCGGAUAAUUACGCCGAGCGACUCGAGCGGUGCGAGGCCAAAUUGAACGAAGAAACGAAUCGAAGGAUUCAAAUCGAGCGCACGGCGUGUGAUGCCGAUAGCACGAAAGUCCGAGCCGAUAGCGAUGCGCUGCGUGCCGAGGCGAUGACGGCGAGCGCCGUCCUACUCGAAGCCGAGGUUUUACGGCUCGCUCGAAUCAACGAGCAAGCCGAAACGCGCGUCGCCGAGCUUGAAGGGCGCGUCGAACAGCUCAUCGAACAAGCCGACGCUCUAGCUUCGUCGCAGAAUCCAAAUCAAAGCAUACGAUAUCUGGAAAAGCUUCGGGACGAGCGAGAGAUGGCUGAGAAAGACGCCGAAGAGGCGGGUAAAGCCGUGCAAAACAUGAAGGCGGCGCUGCAGUUCGUCGUGUGCGCGCGACGAGAAACUCGAGACAAGGUGGUGCAGUACGCGCGCGAAGCUCGCAAGACUGGUCGAAUCUACACCGAAGCGCCGGGCUUGCCUCAGGGCGUGAGCGCCGAUAUCUGGGCUCGAGUCGUCGAAACCGUCGCUCGCCUGAAUUUAGACGCCGUCGAGUGCUGA